GACAUGAGCGCCCUGUCCGUGCCAACGGAUGCUUUGGUGGUUGAUGCCUUGAUUCGCUCGUGUGAACCAGGUGGCAAAUGGGCAGUGGCCAUGCACCUGCUUCAGAGCCUCCCCGACCUGGGCAUUUUGCCGGAUCUUCGCCUCUACAACACGGUGCUGGGCGUGUGCUCCGCUGCCGGCCAGUGGCAACAGGGUGCCGGCCUGCUCGAGCGCGCUCGCAAUGCGGCGCUGCAGCCGGACGCCUUCAGCUUCAGCGUCUGCGUCACGGCCUGCGAGCGCACGACGCGCUGGGCGGGGGCCUUGGGGAGUCUGCGGGAGAUGCGGCGGCAGCGGGUGGAGCCCAACGAAGUCACCUUCAACGCCGCCAUCCGGGCCUGCGAGGCUUUCCCGGACGUAGCUUUGGGCCUUCUGGCGGACAUGGGAGCUGCGAGCAUCCCGAAGAGCAUCAUCACCGUGAACGCCGCCCUGCACGCCCUGGGAGCUGCUUUGGGACGCUGGGCCGAGGCUUUGUGGCUUCUCUCCGAGGUGGAGCCCGGGCUCUUGUUUUAA